AUGGGAGAGUACUCGAAAGCGCUUGAAUACUAUGAAAAAGCGCUGGACAUCAAUAGAAAAUCUCUCCCUCCAAAUCAUCUCGAUUUGGUGGCGAGUUACCGCGGCAUCGGCUUAGUGUACCAGAAGAUGGAAGAGUACUCGAAAGCACUUGAAUACUAUGAAAAAGCGCUUGAAAUUAAUAAAAAAUCUCUCCCUCCGAAUCAUCCGAGUUUGGCUGUGAGUUACAACAACAUCGGCUGCUUGUAUGACAAGAUGGGAGAGUACUCGAAAGCACUUUUAGCGGUUACAACAGGUUUGAAUAUUCAGCAAAUAUCACGGGAUGUUAAUAAUCCAGACUUCGCUUAUUCAUACGAUUCGUUAGGAACGAUACAUCGUUCGAUGAAAGAUUAUUCGAAAGCACUCGCAUGUUUUGAAAGGAGCUUGGAGAUACGCCAAAAGGCGUUUCGGGAAAUAGGUCCAAACUUAUUAGCUUUAACGUACGGCAACAUUGGAGAGGUACAAAGAUUGACUGGGAAUUACUCCACUGCAGUUUCAUUUCUUCUAAAAGCACUUGAAAUUCAGGAAAAUAUUCCUUGCAAUCGUACUAAUUUGGCUUUGACAUACAACUAUAUGGGUGAAACUUAUCGUAAGAUGAACAAUUACUCAAGAGCGCUAGAAUUUCAUGAAAAAGCACUGGAAAUCCGUGAAAAAUUGCUGCCCUCGAUUCAUUCGGAUUUGGCAGUAACUCAUAACAAUUUGGCUAAAGUUUACGAAGCGACGGGACAAUACAAAUUGGCUCAUGAACUCGCUCAGCGAGCUGUUGAAAUGACCCAACAAAAAUUCCCUGAAAAACACCCACAUCUUUUGGAAUAUCGAGAAACAGUAGCAACAAUACGAAAGAAAUUGCGAUCCGUUUGUUUCGAUUAG